AAUUGUAAGGUUAUGUUACAUACAUACAAACAAAUGUUAGAUUGCUAAACGAUAUUGUUUUAAUUUUGAAGUUGCGUAAUAUCCUAUUACACAUAUUUGUAGUGCGACGUGAUAUAAUGCAGGUGACAAUGCCAUUGUUCUCUUCAUUUAAAAGCUACGUUUCAGAAUAUUGUCCGCCAGAACACUUGAAAUAUUAUCGCCAAUCUGAUACUCGGUCGAUUCUGGUCUGGUCAGGCGUCGUCAUGUUCUCCCGAUUCACUGCAUUGGUCCUGCUUGCCAGUUUCCUGGUCUUGUUCACUGCCAUUUCCACUUUUCCAUUUGAACCUGAAGAAAUGGAUGCAGAAAUUGGAGAAAAUUUGUGGUCUGAGCACCCUCUUGUCCGACAAAGACGCCAUUACGGAUACUACGGACCUUACUAUAUGCAAGGUUGUUGCGGUCGAAUAUGCAGACGAUGCUAAAUGCAGUCUCGCUGAAACUUUAGAUAUAAAUAUAUCCAAUUAUUCUCAGCUUUAUAUUUUUUUGCAAUAAAUGUCUCGUAACUUGA